GGAACGAGAAAAAAAAUAUAUAAAUAUGGCUCUGUUCUUCAGCCGAAUCUCAAAGCUUUCUGGACGCAGGAACAAUGCUCGUUUCUUCUCAUCAUUGCCUCCGUCCCCAUGCUUGGUGCUGACCACUAAGAAGUUGCGAGGGUCUCCAGAGGAGGGCCUAAUCGUGCAUCACAAGUUAUUCGAACCGGCUACGGAAAAAAAAGUGUACGGCAAUGAGAAGAAGUAUCCCAAAGAGCUUCAUGGAGCUCCGCUUCUGGGAGCAUCGAAAGGUUGGGUCGCUUUUUUCAAGGAGAAAGACAUUAGUGUGCAUCUCACGGAUCUGUACAAGCCUUGUGUCUCAUCUCCAAGAGUCAUAUCAUUACCAUCACUCAAGCUCGACUAUAAACCCGCAACUCAUGCCACGGAAGUGUGUCUCUCUUCGUCUGAUCCUGUCCAAGACGACUAUUACGUGGCUGCAAAGUUCAAUGACUAUCACGUAAGUGUAUGUAGGCCUCGUUGGGACUCUGACUGGACUCACAACGAGACCGGUUACAGUCUUUUACCAGCCUCUGAGCUCAUGUACUCCAAGAGAGACAAAGCCUUCCACUUUACGAGUUUUAAGGGUCUCUACAUGGGUUCUCUGUAUCUCAGUAAAAAAGACGAGAUCAAGUAUAAAGAGAUACGCCUUAGAAACCUGCCUAAGAUUCCAGAGGCAGGUUGGGAGAUGUUGGAUAAAUGUUCCAUGACCAAUCACUUAGUGGAUUCUCCCUCUGGUGAACUUUUCUUCAUCAAGUGGUACACACAGUGUAUUCACAAAGAGGACGAAGAUGGGGAUUUGGAAUGUCUCCACAGCAAAACUAAGCGGUUCAUGGUCUUUAGGCAAGAUGGGAUGAGCAAAGACUUUGGUUACACUGAAGAUAUUGGAGAUCUCUGCAUCUUCCUUGGCAAGAGUGAAGCCUUCUGUGUCACGGCAAGUUUGUACCCAGGGCUCAAACCUAACUCCAUCUAUUACCUUGGCCCUAGAUUUGGUUCUUACGAUCUAGCUUCUGGUACAAACAGUUCCUUCACGUUCGAUCGCUUUGGUAAACCCUCGCUUGUUGUCCCUUACUGGAUCCAUUCGACAUCUUCUCUGAGCUCUAGCUAGUAUCUGGGCCUGCCUUGUGCUUUUGUGUCUAAUAUUGUUCUUUUCUGGAUCCUUGUACUUGUUAGGGUUAGGGUUUGGGUUUGGGUUUGUGUGUGAUUUGAAGAUUUGAAUUUAAUAAUUUAUUUAUGAACGUUAUUAUGUAUGCCACAAGGCCUGGAAUAAUCCAGAGGUGCUUCUUAAGUUCCAACGACUCAUAAAUUCCUUAGAUCGUUUCAUUUUC